CACCACAGUUCGAAAUCGCCAGUUAGGUGAAAACACACUUCUAUUGCAAGUACAAGACAAUUAGCCCCCUUCCAUGAUAUCUCCCUCUUCACACUGUCAUGUGACAUGGUGUGUGAGGUAUAAAGGCCAUUGCAGGUGACCAGCAAAGCUAUUGCGAACUCACCUUUAGGUGGAGUCACCUGAUCACCCAACAAGAACAUAGGAGAUCACCGACUGGCUGCCUGCUACACGCCCCGAGUAGUCUCACCAUUGCAGUCACCACUUUCACCUGAGGAAAGACAAGAGGCCGCGAGUUCUCACUGCACAAGACCAACAUGACAACAACACAUCAGUUAAUGGCCGCCGCCUUCUGCCUGUGCGGGCUUUUGUUUCUUUACCACGUCGACUCCGUCAACAGCUUAUCGUGCAAGACUUGUGAUGAGACUGAUCCCAACUGCUACUCCGGAGACGUCGCAGAUGAAGAUUGUGAGCCCGACAGGCCUUACUGCACAAUUACUGACUUUAAGUUUCCAAACGAACUCCAGUCCUCCAAGAUAUUUCGUGGCUGCAGCGAAGACUCACUUAACGAGUGUAAGGUAAUAAGCACGGAGCUUUCGUAUUGCUCUUCGAGCUGCGAAACGGACGGCUGCAACAAUGAACCCAAAAACCCAUGAGAAGAAGACUAAACUUUCUGAGGACACUUUGUCAGAAACUGUCAUUGAUACAAAAUGCAUUGUUUAAGUUAAGCAGACAUUCCUGCCAUUGAAGGUUUUAAAAAUGUUUUUGUCGGUUUCUCUUAAAUACAUGGCGACAUCUGACAUGAAACUGUGCAAAUUUUGUCCAAAAAACUGAAGAAAAACAGUUGUAAAUCUCA